AAUGGAUUAUCAACAAUUUGGACAAAUGCCGGAAAAGGUAUAUUCUACUGAAACUCAGCCAUGUAAGGAAAACGCCACUUUUGAUCCAGGACAUGAAAAUAAUCCAGAACAAUUCGACGAUUUUUUCGAUACGUUUCCCGUCGACAAGGUGAAUGCUGCUCUAAUCGGGCAUAAUGACGAAAAUUUGAAUGCUUCAGCCGUUCAAUAUCAAAUGUACACGGAAGACUAA